UUAGACGCGUCGCCGGAUUUCGCUGGCCUAUUUAUUCUUAUACUACCGCAACUCCAAUCCACAUUGAAGUCCAUUGUCAAUUCAGAUAAUAAACAAUUCAAUACAAUAUGGGAACAGUGGUGAUUAAAAUGGCGAUUAUUUAAGGUUAAAAGCUGGAGUGAAAAUGUGUGGGAAAAGUGUUGCAUUGUGUUUGUUGUUUCUUCUGAAACAAGAGUUUGCAGUAAGCAUUCGAAUCACAGAGCUUACUGUACCGAGUCACGCUGUAGAAAGCGGCUCGGUGCUACUCCAAUGCCAAUAUGAUCUUGAAGGAGAAAUGUUGUACUCCCUCAAUUGGUACAAAGACGGUAUAGAGUUCUACAAAUAUGUACCGAGCAAUAACGUUCAGUAUAAUUUUUUUCCGCAAAUCGGAGUCAAUGUGGAUGAAAAAGAUUCGUCAAGUAAUGUCAUAAAAUUGUCAAACUUGACUUCCGGUUCUGCUGGAUUGUACAGAUGUGAAUUGUCAGGAGAAGGGCCUUAUUUCAUAACCGUUCAUGACGAAAGAAAUAUCAGUGUACAUCUAUUACCAUAUAGACGACCCCAAGUUACAGGGCUCGAAGAAGAUUAUAGAGUAGGAGAUAUCAUAGCUGUCAACUGCUCAUCGUCAAGAUCUCGGCCGCAGGCCCGAUUAAAAUGGCUAAUUAAUAAUGAGGCAGCUCCUAGAAAAUAUGUCACCGGUCCCUGGUAUAGAAUAUCAAGAGAACGUCCGGAUGCAAGAGAAACUAUACUGCAAUUAAGAUUCAUAGUGAAAAAAGAACAUUUUAAAAAUGGAAUAUUACAACUGAAGUGUCAGGCCAGUAUAGCGCCUUUGUAUCAAGACGAGGUUGUACAUCAUAUAAUACGCGCAGAAGACAAUAGAAUCGAUCCGAUAUCUGAGGACGUUAUUAAUGAGGAAAUAAACAAAUUAUUUGAUCAACAUACUCAGAUUAGCUCGUAUGAUGACAUAGAGAUGGCGGUAGUUGAAUCUCAGAAUGACCAAGGUAUCGGAGCUAUCAUGAGAAUUUCAUUUUCAAUCGUAAUGAUGAUGGUUGUAUUACAAAUUAUAAUAUGAUGUCACAGUUAUAAAACUUUUGAAACAAGUUAAAAACGUUUCUCGAUCUUAAGCAAAUUACGGUUUUUCUUAUCUUAACUGCACGUAAAACGUUAAUAUUUUUCGAAUUGCAUUUAGUUUCGCUAAAUUAUUUUUUGUUAUUAAUUAAGAGAUUUUCAUUCUGUAGUGUAGAAACAUAAAAUAGUAAACUUCCAGUAUUAAUAGGAACAGUGCGAAAAAUGUAUCGCUGCAUUUCCGAAUGAGCUUUAUUUGAAGUUAAAUUUUGUUAUUAAAUGCUUUAAAAAGAAGUCAGUUUAUAUUUCAUCGUUUAUUUACAAAGCGUACAAAGUGAGAAAUGUUGAGCAACCGUCUGCUUAGGGAAUCCAUUAAUAUCCAGAACCUCUCGGUCCGUUUGGUCCACCACUAGGAUAGCCUUCGUCGUCACCACCUGACCCAAAACCAGGGCCUCUCGGGCCUUGGCCGCGACCGGGAUACCCAGCGCCAGGGAAGUUUCCUCCUUGUCCACCAGGUGCGCUUUGUCCAAAACCACCAGAGAUACCUUGAGAACCAGGACCUCGCGGAUAACCAGCAUCAGCACCGGCAAACGCAUUAGCACCUGCACCACCACGAGGAUAUCCUUGGCUGCCCCCUUGACCACUUCCACGACCACCACCUGUACAUAAAUAAAACAACAAUAAAAAACGUUUAAAGAAAUCCACGUACUCAUAUAAUCAGUGUCAUAAAUUAAAUAUCAACUUUAAUAAAUUAGUUAAUGUAGUGUUUACAAGGGAAAUAAAGUAUUUUAAGGUAAUUUAUGCUUUAAAUCUAAAAAUUUAGAUAGAUUGGGGCCAAUUGUACUAUCUUUUGUAAAAAAUGAUUUACCAAAUCCAACGCCGGACCCAAAGCCAGAUCCGGAACCAGAUGCAUCUCCUGAAAACGAAAAACUGUUUAAAAUACCAAAACAUUUAUGUAAAUGAAUAGUUUCGAAUCGAGACCAGUGAAACGAACGCAACCAGUGUUUUCAAACAAAGGGCUAUUCUGUAUAGAUCGAAAUACUCUGCCUCAUUGUGAUUCAUUCCGGAAGCGGACAACGGCCAAUAAUUUAAGAUAAUACUGUAUGCUUUUUAAAUUCAAUAAAAUUCUACUAAACCCAUUGCUUAAUUUUAUAGGAAAGAAUAAACAAACCCUCGUAUCGUAUUUGAGGCUUAUAUCCAUCCUGGUCAGCC